AUGCUGGUGACCUAUUUGGAAGCCAGCCGGGACCUUUGCGAGAAGGACUCAAUUCUUUUUGGCGCCGCGCUGGCAGUCUGCCGUAUCAUAGGCGCCAAGGUUUCCACGGCUGGACGCGAUACUGGCCAAAGUAGCGCUAUCCCAGCAUGGAGAAGAAGAAUUGAGAAACGUAUCGCAAAGGCUAGAGCUCUCAUCGGACAUCGGACAGACAGACUGAUAUGCUUCAGAUCAGGCAAUAACAGGCCAAGAAUUGUGCGCACUAUCAGGAUGGCGUUUGCUGGGACAAAUGUCAGUUUAUCCCAGCCGGAUAUAACGCAAAAACUGACGGAGCGCAUAGAUGAUCUGAAGCAGAGAAUCGCUGCUUGGGGAAAGCGGAUUCGGCGAUAUACCGAGAGGUCGACACGGUUCAACCAGAAUCGACUCUUUCAAAGUGAUCAGAAGAGGCUCUAUGAAUCAUUGGAGUGA